AUGCAGUCAAACCCAAGGAGCUGGCCAUUGUCCGAAGACUCUGAGAUUUCAGAGAUAAUGCUUUGCGGUCAUGGAAGUCGGGAACAACUUGAUGUGUUCGUCGCGACCGGAGCGCUUAAUCAAAUCGUCUUUGGGGCAAUGGACACCGCUGGUUCAAAUGCGCUCAAUCGAUCAAUGACCGGACUGUGGUCUGCUCAGCGCAGGAACAAGCUGAAUCUCAAUUCUGUGGUCCCCUCGCCACCACCGGUACCAGCGACGACGGCGACGGCGACUGAAGAAACACCCGCCGCAACAGAUGUGGACGUUACAACUCCCCCAGAGGUUCCAACACCUCCCGACCUCGCUCCUAGUUCCAACAAACGAAAAGUACGGUCAUCCCGGACUGCUGAAGGAAGUAGUAAAAAAGCAAAACUAUCAGCCUCGAACGGCCUCCAAUCAUCCAAGGAUCACACACCACCAGCAACCCGUUUGUCAGAUCUAGGAGGAGUCGAAGGAUGUAUUGAGAAAAUGCUUGAACUGGUAGCCAUGCCGCUAUGCCAUCCAGAAGUCUACCUCCAUACUGGCGUCCAACCUCCUCGAGGAGUCCUCCUUCACGGUCCGCCAGGUUGUGGAAAGACGCUUUUGGCAAACGCAAUCGCCGGUGAACUGGGAGUCCCUUUCAUUAAUAUCUCCGCACCGUCAAUUGUGUCAGGGAUGUCAGGGGAAUCCGAGAAGACCCUGAGAGAUACCUUUGAAGAGGCGAAGCGGGUUGCACCUUGUUUGCUAUUCAUAGAUGAGAUUGACGCGAUCACCCCGAAGCGCGAGAGUGCACAGAGAGAAAUGGAGAGACGGAUCGUUGCACAGUUCUUGACCUGCAUGGAUGACAUGUCGUGGGACAAAACCGACAACAAGCCCGUUAUUGUCAUUGGAGCUACGAACAGGCCUGACUCUUUGGAUGCGGCGUUGCGACGGGCUGGAAGGUUUGAUCACGAAAUCAGCAUGGGCGUUCCCGACGACGAAGCUCGCACAAAAAUUUUAAAGGUUCUCUGCUCCAAGUUGCGCCUGGAAGGGGACUUUGACUUUAUCGCUCUUGCGAAGGCUACACCUGGUUAUGUUGGAGCGGACCUUGCUGCACUCACCGGUGCUGCGGGUAUCAUCGCCGUAAAACGUAUAUUCAAGCAACUAUCCGAUGGAACGCUCCUCCUCCCGAAGGAGGUGACAGAAAUGUCGCUCACAAACGGAGAUCAAGACGUAGCAAUGGCUGAAGAACCUGCGAACGACUCUGCGAAGCCCGCCACCUUCUCUGGUCUCGCCAGCUAUCUUCCUCCGGGCUCGAUAGGUCACUUCCUCAUCGCACACCCCGAUCCCCUAACAGAAGCCCAACUUGCACCACUCUGCAUCACAUCCGAAGAUUUCCAGCUCGCGCUCAAGCAAGUCCAACCAUCAUCCAAACGAGAAGGCUUCGCCACCGUGCCAGAUGUUACGUGGGAGGACGUUGGCGCUUUGCAUGCCACUCGAGAAGAGCUCCAUAUGUCCGUUGUCGAACCCAUUCGUCGACCGGAGCUUUUCAGCGCCGUAGGCAUCGAAGCUCCAUGUGGAGUCCUUAUGUGGGGUCCUCCGGGAUGUGGCAAGACUCUUCUCGCCAAAGCGGUCGCGAACGAAUCUCGAGCCAACUUUAUCAGCGUCAAGGGCCCCGAACUCCUCAACAAGUACGUAGGAGAAAGUGAGCGCGCUGUUCGACAGGUCUUCUCAAGAGCGAGGGCUUCGUCACCCUGUGUUAUCUUCUUUGAUGAACUCGAUGCACUCGUCCCUCGCCGUGAUGACACAUUGUCAGAGUCUUCUGCUCGAGUCGUCAACACCCUCCUGACCGAGCUUGACGGUCUCGAUGCUCGCAAGGGAGUCUAUGUUAUCGCAGCAACCAACCGACCAGACAUGAUCGAUCCGGCUAUGGUCAGACCCGGCCGCCUCGACAAGCUCCUCUACGUCGACCUUCCCACUCCAACUGAGCGAGCAGAAAUCGUGCGCACGAUGGUCCGGAAGCUGCCUCUGGGUCGCGACGACGUCAUGGCGCAAGAUAUUGCAAACGACGUGCGGGCCGCGAUUGAACAGCUUGUGAAGGAUCGGUGUGACGGUUAUAGUGGCGCUGAUCUUGCCUCUUUGGUGCGAGAGGCUGGCGUGAUCGCGCUCAGGAGGACGCUUGGUUCAUUCAGCCAGUUAGGGGACACACCUCAGGCACCAAACAUCGUCGUCACCAUUUCGGACUUCAUUGCCGCGUUGGACAAAAUCGGGCCUAGCGUCAGUCGGGCUCAGCGCAAGAAGUACGAGUCUCUUCGUUCCAAAUUUGCUGGUCUGCCUGUCCGGAUGGGCAAGGAGGAGGGGGAGAAGCGGGACGAGGGGGAGGAUAUUGCACCUGUGACUUAA